AUGACCUAUGCGUCUCUGGAUCUCAAUAUCGACAAUCCCGCAACAACUCCGACCUAUGGUCUUGUAGCGUAUGGCCUGGUGAGCAUUGAGAACAGUGCGAAUUUCGAAGCCGGCGUCCAGUUACUCACUGCCCUCGACGAUCCUCAGAAAGCAGGCUGGUGUAGAGUGGCUGUCCAAUCGUGGCCCUUGGAUCCUGCCACGUCCAGUGCUCGGUUCGCCCUCGACAUCUACUUCCGAAAGGACUCGCAGGGCAAUUGGAAGCUCACGCAGGUUGACUUCAACUUGUACGCCGGCACGGCCGCAGACCAGUGGGUGGUCGGCCAAACGGGCCACCAGCUCACAGUUGCUCGUCUAUGGCUGUCGGCUAGCUUUACCAUGAUUGAUGUGCCGGGAUCAAUGACCACGAGCGUUUCGUUCAAUGGCGUCGCCGUUGUAUCCGGCGCCGCCUUCGGCAUCACGGCACAGUUGGCAGGGUCAGCCGUCCACAUAACCGUUGCAGGGGCCCAGGAUCUCCAGAAACUCGUGGGUGUGUUCGUCGACGGCGGCCUCGACAAUUCGGCUCUAAAAGCCCCGAAUUUCGCCAGCAACACAUCACUCGAUGCCUACAAAACAGGCACUUUCGCCAAGGCAACACUGGCAUUCCGGCAGCAGAACAACACGUACGCUUUGGACACUAUCACUGCAAUUGUGGAGACCGACCAGGAAUGGGCCAUUGUCCAGGGCAUCCUCAGCAUGACGAAACUUAAACUGACGCUGACGCUGCAGUCGAUGCCAUCAUCCUCCUGGUUGUUUAAUGCCACCCUCCAUAGCGACAUCCGCUACCGGAAGCAAGACGGCUCGUACGAUGACAGUGUGACGGUGGACCUGGCCGCAACGCUGGACUACAUGACGCUCACAGUCCGACUGAAUUGCUCCAUCUUCGACAUCUUCUACAUCGCAACUGCAGGCCGCUGGACGCUCGACAUCGACUUCUUCCCCGGUAUCAAGAGCCUGUACUUCUCCAUGAACUGGAAGACCGGCCGUGCCCAUUUCACGGGACAAACGAACGACUGGAACUUGUUUGACGACUACCCGAACAUUGCGAGCAUCCAGCAGCCGACGCUGACAGUUGACAUCUCACGGGCAUCAAGUCGCCUAGAUGCCUCGGGCGUUGUAUCGGGCGAUGCGGUUGUGGCUGGCAUCCACAUCCCUGUUUCGUAUGGUUUGCCCGAUGGGCCGCUCAAGAUCUUCGGAUAUGAUAUCGACCAGAUCUAUAAGAUGUGCAAGAAGCUGUACGAGCUCUUCAAGGACCUUGUGACUAUUUGUGAGAUCAUGCUGGAUAUUGUAGGAGCUGGUGAGGCUUUGGCCGUCGGCACAGCGGUGUGGAAAGCCAUUAAGAAAGUGUUCGGUUACGGCGACGACGAUGAUGACGAUGACAAUGACGGUAACGGCGGUGAUAAGACUGAUGACAACACAGAUCGCAACAGCGUCAGCAAGCCCGGCGCAUACUCAUGGGUGUUCGGCGGGCCGGGCCUUUCGAACGGCAUUGCCAGCGAGGAAGUCAAUGUUACCGUCUUCCCCAAAGACCGACUCGGUCGCACGCUGCCCAUCGACAGCACCCAGCUAACAGUGAAAAUCGUCCAAAACGGCGUCAUAUUGAGCACUAUCAAUACCUUCACAGGCAUCAGCAGGGGCGGAUAUGUGGUUUCCUACGUGCGACCUGCCACCCUGGGGGAUUACACGAUACACGUUUCCUAUCCUGUCGCCUUGCCAGGCCUGCCGGCAGGGUACUCACAAGACGCCACUGUUAUGGUCACGAACAUGGCGGCCGUCUUGAGCGCUGAGAACUCCAUCCUGGAUGUGUCGGAAAAUUUGCUGGCCGGUGUCAUGAACUACGCCACGAUCUGGCCUCGCGAUAACUUCAACAACCCGCGUCUAGGCUACGAUGAGAGCGAGUCCUUCAGCGUCGAAUUCACUCCACCCUUGGAACAUGUCAGCUUCGUCCUCUAUAAUGAUUGCGUCAAAGUUGCAUUUGUGCUCCCGCCGCAGGUCGGCGCCAGCUACACGAUCAGAGCUACGCUGCUCAACGAAGGCGGCCCCCAGCUGUCCGGCUCUCCGGCCAUGUUCACGUCCAUUCGCGUUGUCGGUCUGAAUCGCUGCAUCGCUGGCGGCCCAGGACUGUGCUCAGGUCUGGCCGGAGCCGACACUUCGUUCGACGUCUUCCUCAAUGAUCAGAUGGGCCAGGCUUGGGUAGGAGACAUGACUUGUACCGCGUCCUACACUGCCGUAGAUGGAACGACCGUCAACCUCGUGGCUUUGCAAGCCGGUAAUCAAUACCACUUCACAUACACCCGGCCGGCCACGACUGGGGCGUACAUACUCAAGAUCUCCGUCAAUGGUGAGCUGCUGCCUGCUUACCCAAUCCAACUCCAGGCAACGGCGGCCGUGGUGAACCUCUCUGUUGCCAACUCAUUUGUGAGUCUCAGCGCUGGUCCAUAUUACCAGACUUCCAACAUCGUGGCAACUAUCACGGCAUACGAUAAUCUAUCUGAACCUGGCCUAUGGCGAGCCACUUCCAUCGCAGCUGCCUUCAGAAUCACCACGACCUUAGGAAGCUCCGGCACACCAACCUCCUGGCCCUUGUCCGACAGAGGCGAUGGGACAUGUUUUGCAACGCUAUCAUUGCCUGAUCUCGGCCAAUAUCAAGUCAACGCGACAUCAGCAGAUGGUACCGUCAUCGUCGGCCAAGGCCCGGUGACCGUCAACGUCACCGUUCCUCCUUACAUUGCCGACGCGCGAUGCUUCGGACCUGGUCUGUCGCUCCCUCCUGCCUCCAAGCCGGCAACCACGUAUUUCGACGUUGUUCCGCUCGAUCAGUACGGGAAAAUGUUCGCCAUGUCCGCCAUGGACACCACAUCGUUCCUUGUGUUCAUGAAGGACGAGGCCCAGGUCACCAUUACUCCACAUGGCCGUGGCCGCCGCGUCACAUACGCGAUUCCGACAGCGAGCCCACUACAGGCAAAUGAUCUGGUACGAGUUCUUCUCAACGACGCCGAUAUCUCGGGAAGUCCGUACGCUCUGACAAGCACGUCGCCAACCGUGCCGGCCAAUUGUCGGGUCUCUCAAUGGCUCUCACACCAAGUGGAUGAAAUCUCAAGCUUCAUCAUCACCGCUGUUGAUGCUACCGGCAAUGCACGCCGCGUUGGUGGCGACCAGGUGAAGAUUACGUCGGCGGAUUCCGGUCCUGACUGGCCAUUCGUGGUGCUCAAUAUUCGCGAUCGACGGGAUGGGACGUAUUUGGUGAGAUACAUUCCGAACGCAGUUGCCAUGAAGAUCAAUGUUCUCGUCAACAACUUGGCAAUCCAUGGCUCGCCGUUCUCAUUGCCAGCAAAUGUCAUCACCUUUACGGCCAGCGAGGCUGGGAUCGAGACGUCGUCGCUGGGCGUGCAGUCGGAGUUCGUACUAUCGGCCAAAAACGCUCAGGGGCUCCCUGUGGACAUCUCUGGCUUCCUCAUAGCUGCCAUGAUUUAUCCCAAGUCGACAACUGUGCUUACUGCAGUUCCAGUGACCUUCAAACCGACGUCCCCACCUGCUAUGGGCACCGUGCAGGGUACCUACACGAUUGCGAGCACGAUGCCAACAGGGGACUAUGCGCUACGCAUCUUGGUCGAUUGUGCGGCUGUCGUCAUUGGAAGCCCCUUUACAGUGAGUGUCAACGACGCCCCGCCGGCCACGCCUGUUGCCACUGCGGUGGGAAUCAGUGAUGUGUACUUUGCUACGUCCGAUUUGGGAACUUUUGCGGGCUCCUUUUUGGUCCUCACCGAUCCUCCCACUCCGGUGUCUGCAACGGACUUGGUGGUGGUAAAUGCCGGCUCGCCCGGCCUACCGAUCGAAUUACCGCCUGCAUUCCGCGUCACAGUGGACGCGACUCAAAUAGGCGUCUUCAAUGUCCUGACGGCCUUCCGCAUUGAGGGUAGCUGGCCAGUGACGAUCACGUACCGGGGUGCAAAGGUGCUGCCGCCCCCCAAUGUCGGCUCCCAGUACGUGUUCAGCUCGUGCGAUGCCGCAAAGGCAUUGGCAGUCUACGUGCCCAACCAGCCUCCGCCUUCGUUUGCGAUCCAGGAGCAGGCGAGCGUCCAAGUGCAAGUCGCAGCGGCCGGCAACAGCAUCAAAUUCGUCAAGGAUCCGAAGCAGGCAGUCGGAUAUCAGUACGCCAGCGCAGGGUGGAGCCUGCCCGCGCUGGAUAUGGGCGUUGAGAUGAUCUAUCACUUCCGCAUACGGUGGAAUGUGCUCGCGCAGGCGUCCGAGGUUCAGAUGCUUCUCCCAGGAAUCACGCAAUUCUCACGGCAUGAGAUGGUGAUCCUGCGCUAUUUUCAGGGCAGCACAUUCUGGACCACGAUGGACUAUUCCAAGGACAACGCAUACACUAACGUCACGCAGUCAACCGUCAAGGCCGAUGGCGCAUGGCAUUUUGUAUGCGUGUACCUAUCACCCACAGCGAUGCGCAUCUAUGAAGACGGUCAUCUCGUCGUGGCAACCGACCGGCGGCCGCUGACGAACAUGGCUGCCUUCACGAUUGGCUUCCAGGUCUUUGACGAUGCCGCGGCCUUUGAUGCCGACGUAGCUGAGUGCGUGACAUGUCCAGGGACAUUGCAUACAGAUUUCUCGGCCUUGUCACGACGAGUUGAGGUGCUUUUCAACCAAUCGUCACAGCAGAUCAACACGCAAUGGUAUCAGAUCCGGCAGAACACUGCGAUUCCUGUCAACUAUACGAGCCAGGGGUCGCUUCAGUUUGCCACGUCCUCGUUAUCCAUGUAUGUUCUAUCCUCUUUCUCUGCAAAGGAUUGUAGGCUGAUCUCGUGUCCCUUCCAUUUAGACAAAACUACACUGCCAUUAGCGGUCUCAUGGCAGGGCUCGGCCCCUAUUGCGCAAUCCAGUACCGCUUCCGCAUUAAUAAGUCCGAGGGCUACGAAACGAAGGUAA